AAAAGAUGUUGAUGUUAAAGAAAGAAAAUCCUCUGCGUCUUGAAGCUAAUAUUGGACUUUGUAAAUCAUACCAGCGGCAACUUCACCGACUGCGAUUAGAUUUAGUUAAGCAAGGUGGUGGUGUCACCAAAAAACAAAAUCGACAUCUAAUCUGGGAGACAAUUGAAACCCACCACCAGGGCAGGGUGAAGACUGGUAUGAUUACCAAUUUGGAUUAUAAAGAUCCAAAUAUAUUUUUCAACCGGGCAUUUCCAAUGUUUAGAAGACACGUUCGGCGUGAGCUAGUGAAUCAUCCCCUCAAGGUGUAUAUUAUGUUCACGGGCAAUUUCAUUAAGCCCAUCACCAAAGAGGAGGAUUUGAAAACUUUUAUAACGUCGGCUAAGGAAAUGUAUCUGACAACGGACAUGCAGGAGUGGUACAUUGAUCAUGUCAAAAACUAUUUGUUGAAAAAAUUGGAAGAAUUCCAGGAACGCGAUAGCGGUUGGGCUCUUGACAUGAUCAAAAAUAUUCGAGUCCACAUGAAUAAGUACUCUCCGAUCACAGCUGGAACAUUUUGCGAACUACCAUCUGCAAUUAAAUGUAGAAAAGCUCAUUCAGUAAAUUGUGGUGAGAAAGAAGCGGUGCGGGUACGAAUGCCUGAAACUGAUGACGAGCGGUUCGUUGAGUUCAAAGAUUUCAACAGCAAGGAACGUGUUGAGUAUAUGGUGUACGCUGACUUUGAGGCACUAUUGGUACCACAACAUCAUGAAGACAUGGAAAUGGAUCAUGGGUCUUAUACAAAAAAUAUUCAAAAACAUGUACCCUACAGUGUAGGUUACUAUGUUCAUUGUACCCAUGAUCCCAACCAAUCGUUUUAUAAGGCAUACCGUGGUGCUGAUUGUGUCAAGUGGUUUGUUCAUGAACUGGAACAAGUAGCGUACUCAUUAGAGCAAAAAAUAAAACACGUUAAACCAAUGUAUCCGCUCACCGUCGAACAAGAACUGGAUUUUAUGUCAGCAGAGAAGUGUCACAUUUGUGGUAAAGAUUUCGUAUCCAAUUCCAUACGUGUUCGCGACCAUUCACAUCGCACAGGUAUCUACCGUGGAGCAGCACACCAAUUUUGUAAUCUGCAUUAUCAAGAUUCAAGGGUGAUACCUGUUGUGAUGCACAACUUAAGUGGAUACGAUUCGCAUUUUAUUAUUGAAGCUCUGCUGACGGAAAUCGACGGUCAAGUUGAUGUGUUGCCCAUCAACAAAGAAAAGUACAUCAGUUUCACAAAGCACGUCUCGGACAUUCAAUUAAGAUUCAUUGAUUCCUUCCGAUUUCUCGCAGACAAGUUGGAAAAUCUGGCCUCAUAUUUAGAUAAUGAUAAAAAAUCCAUUUUACAUAAAGAGGUCAGUAAUGAUGAACAAUUUCAAUUGCUAACGAGAAAAGGUGUAUUUCCAUAUGAAUACAUGAGUAGCUGGGGACGUCUCCAAGAGACAAAAUUACCACCAAAGGAGGCGUUCUACAGUGUGUUAACAGAUGAACACAUAACGGAUGAGGAUUAUAACCAUGCGAUACAGGUAUGGAACACAUUCAAUUUACAUACACUAGGUGAUUAUUCAGACCUGUAUAUGAAAACUGAUGUGUUACUACUUGCGGAUAUUUUUGAAAAUUUCCGUAACACUUGUAUUCAUAGCUAUAGUCUCGAUCCUAGUCACUAUUACACACUUCCUGGCUAUACGUGGAGCGCCAUGUUGAAAUACACCAAUAUCAAAUUGGAAUUGUUCACGGAUAUUGAUGACUUGUUGUUUAUCGAGAAAGGAAUCAGAGGCGGUGUAAGUCAAUGUUCUAAUCGCUAUGCUAAGGCAAACAAUAAGUACAUGGAAGAGGGGUAUGAUAAAACUCAAGAAGAUGUCUACCUUAUGUAUUAUGAUGUGGUGAACCUAUAUGGUGCAGCAAUGUGUGGAUACCUACCAACAGGAAAUUUUAAGUGGGUCGACACACCAAACAUCGAGGAUGUUGCAGAUGAUUCACCAGUCGGGUACAUUUUAGAAGUAGACCUUGAAAUACCCCAACAUCUACAUGAUAACUUUAGCGAUUUACCGCCAUGUCCGGAGACAACGAAACCACCUGGAUCAAAACAAAAAUAUCUUCUGUCAACCCUUUACAAUAAGACCAACUAUGUCGUGCACUACAGGAAUUUAAAACUGUAUACACAACUCGGUGUUAAGGUAACAAAAUACCACCGUGUGUUACAAUUCGAUCAAUCUGCAUGGUUGAAACCAUAUAUUGAUUUCAAUACCGAGAUGCGCAAGAACGCCUCAAAUGAGUUUGAAAAAGCAUUAUUCAAACUCAUGAUUAAUGCCAUCUUCGGUAAAACCAUGGAGAAUGUGAGGAAACAUCGGGUUGUGUACAUACGAAAAAAUUGGGAUGGAAAACAUGGUGUGAAGAAAUUAAUUGCCAAUCCCAAUUUUCACAGUAUGAUGGUGCUCGACAAUGACGUCAGUAUUGUUGAAAUGAAAAAAUCACAGAUACGUUUCAACAAACCCAUCUACAUAGGCUUCACAAUUUUAGACAUAUCGAAAACGUUUGUGUAUGACUUCCACUACAACUACAUGUACCAACGGUACAACCCCACAAAUGUCAGGUUAUUAUACACAGACACCGAUAGUCUAAUUUAUAGCGUGAAAAAUACUGACGUCUAUGAGGUCAUGAAACAGGAUAUUAAUCGUUUUGAUACGGCUGACUAUGCACCCGACAACAUCUAUGGUAUGCCACUACGUAAUAAGAAAGUCAAGGGUUUAAUGUCCGAUGAAAAUAAUGGUGAUGUUAUGCUAGAAUUUGUCGGAUUACGUAGCAAAAUGUAUGCUAUUCGGGUGCAAAAUAAAAAAGAGACUAAACGAUCCAAGGGUCUCAAGAAGUCAGCUAUCCGAAAACUUACUUUUGAGGACUAUAAGAGUAGAAGACUAUCGAUUAACGUGUACGGCUACAAAGAUACGUUUCUACGUGAUUUAGAAAUUUUCCCUGUACGCGUUAGUUCGAACACUGCGGGGCAGAAAAUUCAUCUACUGGCUGUGGAGAAUGGGAACAGUCACCACUUUUGCUGGAUAAAAAAUUUAGCAAAGUUGAGUCGAUCGAGUGUAAAGAGUGAUAGGCAUAAAAUUUAUUUAUGUGAUCGAUGUCUCAACUAUUUUGCUACAGAAGUCAAACUCCAACAGCAUUCAGUAAAUUGUGGUGAGAAAGAAGCAGUGCGGGUACGAAUGCCUGAAACUGAUGAUGAGCGGUUCGUUGAGUUCAAAGAUUUCAACAGCAAGGAACGUGUUGAGUAUAUGGUGUACGCUGACUUUGAGGCGUUAUUGGUACCACAACAUCAUGAAGACAUGGAAAUGGAUCAUGGGUCUUAUACAAAAAAUAUUCAAAAACAUGUACCCUACAGUGUAGGUUACUAUGUUCAUUGUACCCAUGAUCCCAACCAAUCGUUUUAUAAGGCAUACCGUGGUGCUGAUUGUGUCAAGUGGUUUGUUCAUGAACUGGAACAAGUAGCGUACUCAUUAGAGCAAAAAAUAAAACACGUUAAACCAAUGUAUCCGCUCACCGUCGAACAAGAACUGGAUUUUAUGUCAGCAGAGAAGUGUCACAUUUGUGGUAAAGAUUUCGUAUCCAAUUCCAUACGUGUUCGCGACCAUUCACAUCGCACAGGUUUCCCAACAUUCACAAUUCGUCUUUGUUUUGCAUCAAAGCAAUUAUUUCCAACAUUACAUCGAAGUAUUGAUUCAUUAUGUGAUGUAUAUGAAUCUUGA